UGGCUCCGCGGCACGUACCACUACACCGAGACCGAGGGCGCGAGCGUCAGCUUUAACUUCACCGGUGCGUGGCUGUCGCGAUGCGCUGCCCCCGUCUGGGUGUUCGGCGCCGCGGGGCCCGACUACGGGGACUACGAAGUGCGCCUGGACCAGGUCGUGCUCCAGCGCUCGGCGCACCAGGACAGCAACGCGACGCUGCCCUACGUGCUCUACAGCGCGCAGAACCUGACGUACGACCACCACGAGCUCACGCUGUCGAGCCGCGGGAACGGCGGGCUCCUGCUCGACUUCAUCCAGACCACGGUGCAGCUCGCGCCGAAGGGGGCGACGGUGGAGAACCAGACGCUGGAGGAGACGGACGGGCGGAUCAGGUACGAGGGCGAGUGGGGGAACAACCAGUCGGGCAACUUCAGCGGCGGGGGCUCGACGUACACGAACGGCGACGGCGCAUACUUUGAGCUCAACUUCACCGCCUCCGCCAUCUACGUCCUCGGCGACAAGAAGAACGACCACGGGUUGUACGAGGUCACGCUCAGCUCCAACUCCUCCGGCUCGAGCUCGCAGCUACUGAGCGGCGUCUCCGGCUGCGGCGGCGCGUUCGGCGAGUCGUGCGAGCAGCAGCUGCCGUCGCUCAAGUACUUCGCGUCCAACCUCGCGAACGAGACGUACACGCUGCGCCUCGCAAACAUCGCGGGCGAGAAUAACUCGUACUUUGACCUCGACAGUAUCAUCCUCUCCGUCCCGUCCGAGUACGACCCUCGGAACUUGUCGUCUCACGACCCCAUCCCGACGAGCUCCGGGGCCAGCCCGAGCCAGACAGUGGGCAGCGGCGACAGCAGCAGCGACAACAACAGCGCGCUCGCCCUUCACAACCCUCUCGCUGUACUCGUUCUCUCGAUGCUGUGGCUCGUGCGGCGUUGGUUGUAGACGGUAGUAUACAAACAGUGUUUGCCUCACAAUCAGCUCGUUUCGGAUGACUACCCUGUGAAUGUACUUUCAAACCGGAAUGGUGUAUGCUCCCUUGGCCGCAUUUGGCCCUCCUCAUCUGGGUGAUCAUGAACCGCGAUACGCUCGUGCACCGAAAAUGCCUGAAUCGCCUGCACACUGACUUCCAGGUGAGUUUUCUGGACACUGGCGGUAUUUAUCAGAGCUCUACCAGCGGUCGCUCGCUCCAUGACGGCGAGGCAUACUCGGGAGCGUGCAUGCGUCCGCUCUCUCCGGUCGUGGGCU